CAAUUCUUGACAAGUAGCAUUUCCCUUUCAUCCAUCAUCCCAUUGCACGAGUCCCCUGGUUCUACUUGCUCGAUCCCUGCAAGUGAUAUUUCAAGCACACCGCUCCGACGACAUUUCUGAGACAUCACAAACGAAAAGCAGGCAAUGGCUAGUCUUCAGGUCCCUGUGCGAGGCAAGGCGGGCGGUCUUCCAACCACCAAAGCAGUCAUCCUCGUCGGUGGUCCGUCGCGAGGCACUCGUUUCAGACCGCUCAGCUUGGAUCUCCCAAAGCCGUUGUUCGAAGUCGCCGGCCACCCAAUCAUCUCCCACUGCUUCGCCGCAAUCACAAAGCUUCCCGAGAUCCGCGAGGUCUUCAUCGUCGGCUACUACGACGAGAGUGUCUUCCGCGACUUCAUCAAAGACUGCGGCCGGACCCACUCCAACAUCUCCGUCCGAUAUCUCCGCGAGUACCAAGCUCUGGGCACCGCUGGUGGUCUCUACCAUUUCCGCGAUGCCAUUCUCAAAGGCCGACCGGACAGGUUCUUCGUCUUGAACGCCGAUGUCUGCUGCUCCUUCCCGCUCGAGCAGAUGCAGCAACUGUUCGACGCCAACGACGCCGAAGCCGUCAUCUUGGGGACCAGAGUACCCAAUGACUCCGCCACCAACUUCGGCUGCAUCGUCAGCGACCCGCAGAGCAAGCGAGUGCUGCAUUACGUUGAGAAGCCGGAGUCGUUCAUCUCCAACCUCAUCAACUGCGGCGUCUACCUCUUCGCCACCGAGGCCAUCUUCCCCAGCAUCAAGAGCGCCAUGACCCGCCGCUCCGAGCGCCCUCGACUCGUCAGCUACCCCUCUUCGGACGCCCUCGAUCGCCAGUAUGUUCCUCAGGGCGACGAUGAUGACCAGAAAACCGAAGCCAUUCGUCUUGAGCACGACAUCCUCUCGGACCUUGCCGACACCAGCCGCUUCUACGUCCUCGAGACCAAGGACUUCUGGCGCCAGAUCAAGACCGCCGGCUCCGCCGUCCCCGCCAACGCCCUCUACCUCAUGAAGGCCUUCCAGACGCAGUCCAAGGAACUCGCCAAGCCCUCCGCCACCAUCCUCCCGCCCGUCUUCAUCCACCCAACCGCGCAAGUCGAUCCCACCGCCAAGCUCGGCCCGAACGUCAGCAUCGGCCCGCGCGCAGUCAUUGGCGCCGGUGCCAGGAUCAAGGAGUCGAUCGUGCUCGAGGAUGCAGAGAUCCGACACGAUGCCUGCGUCUUGUACUCCAUCAUCGGAUGGAGCAGCCGUGUGGGCGCGUGGGCUCGUGUCGAAGGCACGCCGACACCGGUGCGCGAGCACAGCACGAGCAUUGUGAAGAAUGGGGUCAAGGUGCAGAGCAUCACCAUUCUGGGCAAGGAAUGCUCGGUGGCGGAUGAGGUGCGCGUGCAAAACUGCGUGUGCUUGCCGUUCAAGGAGUUGAAGCGGGACGUCCAAAACGAGGUGAUCAUGUAAACGCCUUGCUGAAGAGAGCCCGACGGCCUUUGGAAGAGAACGUGCAUCAGAUUGAAGCAUAGAUAAUGGGGGUGCGUUGCAUUCAGCGUGUUUUCUCGCGAUGAAUAGAUGUUUGCAGGAUAAGUACGAUAU